AUGGCGGAGGUUUGGUGCUUCGGGCUGGAGGCAUUGAGCAGCAACUGCUGCGCACGCCUGGCGCAGUGCUCCAAAGGCUUUUACGUGGCAGUGCGGGACGCGGUCGCCGAGCGGAUCACCUUGAGCUUGGCCGAUGGGUGCUUGCAGGCGGAUUUGGCGUCUCACCAGCUGCACAAUCCGAUCUUAGCUUUGAGCCAUUUGGAGUCCCUGGCGCAUUCUCAGUUCCUGUUUGGAGGCUUGCGAGGCCUGCUGCGUUCCAUGGUGGCUGGACAUUCAGCCAGCGCGAAGCAGCUCUCCAGUGCAAAGAACUCCCUGGCGUCGGCCUUGCUCAUGGAGUUGGCGAGUUCGACUUUGCCUGGGCCUGUGGAGGAUCGUCCAGAAGCAGCGAUCUGUCUCCUGGAAUCCCCACCCAGCACCGACGCCCUGUGCGACCUGCUGUUCUCGCAGCUGGCGGGCGGCCGCGCGGAGCUGGCCUCGGCUUGGGCGCGGCUGGCAGCGUUGCUUUAUCACUAUCGGCCACCCAGGGGCCGGGUGGAGACCGUGUUGUGUCCCUCCAGCUCAUCUUCGAACGCUAGGAAUGAGGGCUGA